AUGUCUACAAAAUCUUUCCUUCUACCUUGUCUCCUAAUCAUAUUUGUCUCUUCAUCACAAGCAAGUCGUCAACUCUGGGAUAGUGCAUUCCACGAGUUUUUCUCCAAAUCCGGGUUCCAUGGGGAGUCUAUCAAUGGGAUUAAUAAAGUUCACGGGAUUCAAGGGUUUCAUCACGGAACUCAUGGGAUUCCUAAAUUUCCCCGAACAGAUUUCUCGGUACAGACAUGCAGCAUGCAAGGACCUUGUAAGGGUAAGAAGUUGAAGUGUCCUGAGACGUGCUACAAAUCAACCAACGUUAACAAGGAAGGUUACAAAAGCACUAGCAGGAGCGGAGGAUGUUCAUUUGACUGUACGACAACGUGUGCGGCCACUUGUUCAUUAUAA